AUGGCUGUUUGUCAUCGGGAGUGCAUUUCUAUUCACAUUGGGCAGGCUGGUUGCCAAAUUGGAAACGCCUGUUGGGAACUGUACUGUGCAGAGCAUGGUAUCGGGCGCGAUGGACGUUCACUAGAAUCUGGCACUGAAAAAGCUGCUGACGAAAGUUUUGGGACAUUUUUCAAUGUAACGGGAAACGGUAAAUAUGUACCGAGGGCGAUAUUUUUAGAUUUAGAACCUACCGUAAUUGAUGAAAUUAGAAUGGGUGACUACCGCCAACUAUUUCAUCCUGAACAACUCAUAACUGGAAAAGAAGAUGCUUCUAGCAAUUAUGCUAGAGGAUAUUUUUCUAUUGGAAAAGAAUUAAUCAAUUCUGUGAUGGAUCGUCUCAGAGAAUUCCAAACAAAUUUAGUUCCAUAUCCCCGUAUUCAUUUCCCAUUAACGGCAUAUGCACCCAUAAUUUCCGACACAAAGGCAUACCAUGAACAACAUAGUGUGGCUGCUAUUACUAACGCAUGUUUCGAACCACAUAAUCAAAUGGUCAAAUGUGAUACUCUUAACGGUAAAUAUAUGGCUUGUUGUCUCCUUUACAGAGGGGAUGUUGUACCUAAGGACGUGAAUUCAGCUAUUGCUGCCAUAAAAUCCAAGCACAAUAUUAAUUUUGUUAAUUGGUGUCCGACAGGAUUCAAAGUUGGAAUUAACUAUCAACCACCCACAGUUAUACCUGGUGGUGACAUAGCUAAAGUACCACGUGCGGUCUGUAUGCUCUCCAAUACUACUGCCAUUGUUGACGCUUGGGCUAAAGUAAAUCGUAAAUUUGACUUGAUGUUCAACAAGAGGGCAUUUGUUCACUGGUUCGUGGGCGAAGGAAUGGAGGAACAUGAAUUUAUCGAAGCUAGAGAAGAUUUGCAUGUACUCGAAGCGGAGUAUAAAGAAGUCGCUCAAGAUGAUUAUGAUGAUGCAGAGAGUGAAUAUUAAA